GAAUGUUUUGUUCUUUUACUUUAAGCCUUGUGUUCUUCCAUGCUCAUUUCAAGGUCUAGCAAAACCAGGUGAGUGUAACUUCAGUCACGGUGCUGUAUGAAUACUGAUUAUGACGUUACGGGAUGCUGUUUGGAACAGAGUAUUCCUCUGGGUUGUGUGCGUGUCAGCUUGUGCUUUCCAGAAGCUUGCUAAUAAUACUGCACUUACAGUAUACCGGUGGUGUAUGAGUUGUGUUGACUUGAAAAAUGAGUAACCUGUGAUUCUGGUUACCUGUGCAGGGUAGGGCAUAGUUGGCGUGGGUUGGUUUAAAAUCAGGUUCAGCUGUCAUGCAUGACAAGCUGCUAAGGUUGAGCUUGGGAUUGUAAACAUGGCUCUUAGUGCCAUGCAGUGUAUAUUGCAUGUUAAGCCAUUGCAUAUGCAGCCUUCCUUUAAAGGUUGAGUAAUGUUUCUGGAACAUGAGUGAGCCAGGGCCAAGACAAUGUUAUUCCCUUAUAAAAACAUAGCGGCUGGGAAAUUACCCUGACAGCUUGCAAGCUCCAGAACCUGCCAGCAUUUAGAAGAGUCUCAGGUUCAGCUCGCAGCUUGUUGUGACGUGCAGCCAAGCUCUCUGCUGACACAAUGCUGUCAGAUGCUUUAAAUAGGGGGGAGCGGGAUACUCAAGACUGGAGAUGUCUGAAGACCUAGAAGUGAAGACCGCAGUUAGAAAGUAGCAGGAAAAUAGAGAGUCCAAACACAGAGAUCCAGUAAAACCAUGGCAAAAAUAAGUGCUGAAGAAAUGCCGCGUCAGUUCACGAAGAUCUCUCUCCACGAGGUGGAUGAGAGAGUGCGACUCUUGGCUGAGAAGGUGUACGCUUCGGCUCUGAAGGAAGAAGACAAUAAAAACACCUUGUCAAUGUUCACCGUCCCUGAGGACUGUCCCAUUGGCUUGCAUCAGGCCAAGGAAUGGGAGCUACGCAAAGAGAUAGAGGAGCAGAAGUCAGAGGAAUCAGUCAAGAGGAAACAGAGUUUCAAGCUGAUGCGAUCCCAGUCAAUUUCCUUGCAAAUCCCAGUUACUUCAGAAUGGGCAAUGUCUAUGAUUUCACCCCUGCUGACCCCGUCCUCACCUACAGGCCCCCUGACAAUCAAUAUCCCAGAAUUCCAGAGGGUCACCAUCAGUGGAGACUACUGUGCAGGGAUAACAGUCGAGGACUAUGAGCAAGCAGCAAAAACCCUGCUGACAGCACUCUUCAUCAGAGAAAAAUAUUCUCGGCUGGCAUAUCACCGCUUUCCCAGGACAACAGCCAAGUUUCUAAGGAGUGCCAAUAAUGAGAAAUGGAGUGAGGAGGAAGAGGUGCUGCCAGAUAUCUGCCCUGCUCCAAGUGAGGGUGAAGAUCCUUACAGUAUGGAAGACCUUCCACAGAAUCUGAAUUACUCCCUGAGGAUGAAAGAUGGAAUCAUAUACGUCUAUGAUAAUGAAGAUGCCCUAAAACAGGAUCAGCCACGGAGCUUACCAUAUCCUGACUUGGAAACCUUUGCUAUUGACAUGAGCCACGUCCUUGCCAUGAUUGCAGAUGGACCAACGAAGACAUAUUGUCACAGAAGGCUUAACUUCCUGAUGUCCAAGUUCCAUCUACAUGAAAUGCUGAAUGAGAUGGCCGAGUUAAAGGAACUGAAAAGCGUUCCUCACAGAGACUUCUACAAUGUCAGAAAGGUUGAUACGCACAUUCACGCAGCUGCCUGCAUGAACCAGAAGCAUCUACUGAAGUUCAUCAAGGACACAUAUAAGAUGGAAGCAGACCGGGUGGUGCUGGAGAAGGGCGGAAAGAAGUUCACCCUCAAACAGGUGUUUGACACUCUGAAAAUGGACCCAUAUGAUCUCACAGUAGACUCAUUGGAUGUACACGCGGGCAGACAAACGUUUCAUCGCUUUGAUAAAUUCAAUUCCAAAUACAACCCAGUAGGUGCUAGUGAGCUCAGAGAUAUCUAUAUCAAAAGCGAUAACUACAUCAAUGGAGAAUAUUUUGCACGUCUCAUCAAGGAGGUUGCUCAUGACCUUGAGGAGAGUAAAUAUCAGCAUGCAGAACCCCGUCUCUCAAUUUACGGCCGAGCCCCUGAAGAGUGGGACAACCUGUCCAAAUGGUUUAUCAAGCAAAAGUUGCACUCCCCUAACAUGAGAUGGAUCAUACAGGUGCCCAGGAUCUAUGACAUUUUCAGAUCAAAGAAGAUUGUUCCCAACUUCGCCAAGAUGCUAGAGAACAUCUUCCUUCCACUGUUUCAGGCCACCGUUAAUCCUCAGAAACACAAAGAAACGUAUGUCUUCCUGAAACAUGUGACAGGGUUUGACAGCGUGGAUGAUGAGUCCAAACACAGUGAUCACAUUUUCACCUAUAAGAGUCCAAAACCUGAGGAGUGGACCAUGGAGGAAAACCCACCAUACACUUACUACCUCUUUCACAUGUAUGCCAACAUCAUGGUCCUCAACAACCUUCGAAAGGAACGUGGUCUCAAUACCUACCAGUUCCGUCCUCACUGCGGCGAGGCAGGAUCCAUCACCCAUCUGGUGUCAGCCUUCCUCACAGCUGACAACAUCUCUCACGGACUCAACCUGAAGAAGAGUCCUGUUCUGCAGUACCUGUAUUAUUUGGCCCAGGUGCCCAUUGCCAUGUCUCCACUCAGCAAUAACAGCCUGUUCCUGGAGUAUUCCAAGAAUCCCCUCAGGGAGUUCCUGCAAAAGGGCCUGUGUGUGUCUCUCUCCACAGAUGACCCGUUACAGUUCCACUACACAAAGGAGGCCUUGAUGGAGGAGUAUGCCAUUGCAGCACAACUGUGGAAACUGAGCACGUGCGAUGUGUGUGAGAUCGCCAGAAAUAGUGUGCUUCAGAGCGGUCUGUCUCAUCAGGAGAAGAAACACUUCCUGGGUGAGAAUUAUCUACAGGAUGGACCAGAGGGAAAUGACAUCCGUAAGACAAAUGUGGCACAGAUCCGUAUGGCCUAUCGACAUGAGACCUUGUGCAAUGAGCUCAGCUUCCUAGUGGAUGCUGUCAAGUCACAAGCAGUGGCUGAAAACGUCUCGUAAACAUGGCAGGGUGACAGAUAGGCUAGAACACGGGCCCAUAUCAGUGGACCAUACAUUAGCAUAAAACCUUAUCUUGCUACAGGUGAUGCACCAAACAGCCAUGGAAAUACAUCAUUCUGGUAGCAAGUCAUGGAGACAUGCAUCUUGGUGCCUUAUGAUGGACAUAGCCUUUCCCAUAGCGCCUAAUGGGAUGGAUAUGUCCAUUAUAUAUCUCAAAUAUGUUUUUAAAAAAUGGGACGUUUUGAUAAAACGUUCCUGUGUUUUACAUGCUUUCUGAAAAUGAUGCUUUGAGGGAGCAUACAUUUGUAACUUUUUCUAAUGAGGAAAUCUUUGGGUUUGUGACUUGAACAAUGUGUUCUUUUGUUCAGAUAAACGUUUUAUGCAAUAGAGACUGGAAGAAAAAUUUGCCUUGAUAAACUAGUUUGUUUGCAACCUGAGAUUUUGGGGCUGUUAUACUGUCGGGCAUCCUAUGGGGUGGCGUUUUAUCUUUUGUCACAAAAUAUUGUGUACUGGAACUUGCACAUUUUGUACACAAACAGAGAUGGUUAAGCUGUUUUGUUAAGGAACAGUGGCUUUUGAAAACAUGCCUGGGUGCUGAA